AACCACCUCGGUAGCUUGCUAGCCAACAUAGCCGAAGGAUUCAAGCUAUUUAUACGCUUUCGGUGUAUAUAAGCUACUGUGUGUUAGACACACUUCUGUCGUAUCUACUUGUUAACCUAUUUAAUAUAAUAUUACGUUAUUUUGUAUUAGUCAGCUAUAGUAGCUGACUGGUUAAAUUAGCACUAGCCUAGUCGCUAAUGAUAGCUAGCUAGCUAACAUCCCCGAACAUGAGCUCCCUAAACUUCUCCCCUCUUGUUAAAGAAGAGGAGGUCUGCUGGACGGAGAAAGAAGCUCUGGGGCUGAACAUUGUCGUGAAAGAGGAGAAGGAAGAAGAGGAUAUCACAGUAAAACAAGAAGUAGAGGGUAAGGCUGUUACAGUGAAAGAAGAAGAGAAAGACGUUUCAGUGAAAGAAGAGGAAGAGGCGUUCAGAGUGAAAGACGAGGAGGAAGAGAAAGAGGAGGAUGCAGUUUUUGGAGUGAAGAAGGAAGGGGAGAUUACUGUCACAUUGAAAGAUGAAGAGGUGGAGAUAGGAGAUCUGAUUAACACUAGAGAGAGGCGUGACUAUCAUGGAUCCUCUGGGGAGCCUCAACAACAUCCUGAUGCUGACGAGGCAGAGAAGAGUCUCUCCAGAUCACAACUCCUCCAGAAACACCAGCAGAGACCCACAGGGAAGAAAUCUAACUGCUGCUCUGACUGUGGGAAAAGAUUCAACUCUUCAGUAAAACUUAAAAUACACCAGAGAACACACAAAGGAGAGAAAUCUUUUAACUGUAAUCAAUGUGGGAAGAGUUUUACUACAUCUGGCUCUCUGAUUUUACACCAGAGAACACACACAGGAGAGAAACCUUAUAGCUGUGAUCAAUGUGGGAAGAGUUUUACAACAUCUAGCCAGCUGACUAUACACCAGAGAAUACACACAGGAGAGAAACCUUAUAGCUGUGAUCAAUGUGGGAAGAGUUUUACCACAUCUGGUCAUCUGACUUUACACCAGAGAACACACACAGGAGAGAAACCUUAUAGCUGUGGUCAAUGUGGGAAGAGUUUUGGUCAAGCUAGCCAGCUGACAGUACACCAGAGAACACACACAGGAGAGAAAUCUUAUAGCUGUGGUCAAUGUGGGAAGAGUUUUGGUCAAUCUAUCAAUCUGAAAGUGCACCAGAGAAGACACAUAGGAGAGAAACUCUAUAGUUGUGAUCAUUGUGGGAAGAGUUUUGUUACAUCUGACCAGCUGACAGUACACCAGAGAAUACACACAGGAGAGAAACCUUAUAGCUGUGAUCAAUGUGGGAAGAGUUUUACUACAUCUGGCUCUCUGACUUUACACCAGAGAACACAUACAGGAGAGAAAUCUUAUGGCUGUGGUCAAUGUGGAAAGAGUUUUGGUCAAUCUAGCCAGCUGACAUUACACCAGAGAACACACACAGGAGAGAAACCUUUUAGCUGUGUUCAAUGUGGAAAGAGUUUUUGUCAAUCUAGCAAUCUGACAGUGCACCAGAGAAGACACACAGGAGAGAAAGCCUAUAGUUGUGAUCAAUGUGGGAAGAGUUUUGUUAAAUCUGACCAGCUGACGGUACACCAGAGAAUACACACAGGGGAGAAACCUUAUAGCUGUGAUCAAUGUGGGAAGAGUUUUACUACAUCUGGCUCUCUGACUGUACACCAGAGAAUACACACAGGAGAGAAACCGUAUAGCUGUGAUCAAUGUGGUAAGAGUUUUGGUCAAUCUAGCCAGCUGACAUUACACCAGGGAAAACACACAGGACAGGAACCUUAUAGUUGUGGUCAAUGUGGGAAGCGUUUUGGUCAAUCUAGCCAGCUGACAUUACACCAGAGAACACACACAGGAGAGAAAUCUUGGAGCUGUGAUCAAUGUGGGAAGAGAUACUCUAGUAAAAGAUCUCUGAGCAAACAUCAGAAAAUACAUGAAGGAGUUUUUUCAUGAUAUCAAUUAAAUAAUUAAAUAAUGUCACAAUGUAGAUUAUUUUAACAUUGUAGUAGGAGUUUUUUAAUGAAUGUCAAUGUAGAACCCUAAAUGUUUGCCCCAUGUUCAAUUGAUUUUACCCUCAGGGAAAAAACCCAGGCUCUGAAUUGAAAGAGUUACUAUUUAUGUGAUUUAACAAAAAGUGACUAACAAAAAAUAAUUGUGUUACACUUACCACGUUGGUGACCCACUGGAAUCAAAAUGUAGCUAGCUGUUUACCACGUUGGUGACCCACUGGAAUCACAAUGUAGCUAGCUGUUUACCACGUUGGUGACCCACUGGAAUCACAAUGUAGCUAGCUGUCUACCACGUUGGUGACCCACUGGAAUCACAAUGUAGCUCGCUGUUUACCACAUUGGUGACCCACUGUAAUCACAGUGUAGCUAGCUGUUUACCACGUUGGUGACCCACUGGAAUCACAAUGUAGCUAGCUGUUUACCACGUUGGUGACCCACUGGAAUCACAAUGUAGCUAGCUGUUUACCACGUUGGUGACCCACUGAAAUCAAAAUGUAGCUAGCUGUUUACCACGUUGGUGACCCACUGGAAUCACAAUGUAGCUAGCUGUUUACCAUGUUGGUGACUCACUGGAAUCACAGUGAAACACUCCAAAAUGUUUAGGUUUUCAAUAUAUCCCAAACUGUUUCUGCAUAUUGGUUAUUGAUUUGGACACGUUAAAACUGUGUUUUGAUAUUGCACAAUUCCCAUUUAGCAAAAUGUCAUUCAAAAGACGUUGAAUAUAUGUUCCGUUGUAGUUGAAGAUGAAAGUUGAAAAUAUGUCUUUUCAGGUCGUUUUUUCAAUGAAAAAAAAUAUUAUCAUAAUAAUAUAAAUUAGUCUAUAAUCAAUUUUAUUAACAAUCUCACAUCACUCCAGUAUUUCUUGACAACAUUCAAGUGCUAAUUGUCUUUAGUCCACUACUGAAGAAGCAUGACUCAAAUCACCUCAUAUUUCAAACAUUCAGCCUGACAAAAGAUACAUGUUUUAUUAUUCCAUGCCUCACCAUUAAGUUAAUUAUUGCCAAUACAUAUUAACAAAGUGGUGAACAUUUUGGUUUUGAUAUUUCAUAUUAUGUAACAUUUAGUAAUCAUAGUUAUUCAUGCAACCAACUUGACAUUUUUGGGUACAAUUAUAUUGACAUUGUUACCCUGCUUUUAUAUCCAACAACAUGCCUAUCUAGUGAAUCCUGACAAGAGAGAGAAGCUCCGCAGUUAGGUGGAAAGUUACUACGGAUAUCGCAGGAGUUUCCUCUUGAAAUCAGACAUGUCCGUGUUAAGGACAACUUGGUUGCUGAUUAUCUCAAGGGUGGGCAGUCAAAUAGAUUUGUGUUUUGCAUUUAGACAGGAGAGAAACCACAAUUUAUUUUGACACGUUUUUCCCGUGUUGGAUAUUAGUUUUUAUCUCUUAUUCUUUUCUGUAUUUUUUUUUAGCUGCACUGUUGGGGGCUCGUAAGUAAGAGUUCCAGUGUUGUAUCCGGCGCAUGUGACUAAUACAAUUUGAUUUGAGUUUUGUUUGGGCUCGUUCCAAGGGGACGAGAGUUUUAGAAGCUAGUGAGGAAAGAAUGGAAAUGGAAAUGAAAAAGGAGAAAAAAAUAAUAUGAUUGUAUAUUAUUAUUUAGAAAUGUUUUUUUCUUGUUUUUAAUUGUUGACAGCCAGUAGACACCAUGUUUAUAUUGUAGAAGGUGAAGCAUUGUAGAUUAUGUGAAAUGGAAGUUGUGGAGAUACUCUGAAUGAUUGGCUAUGAAAAGCCAACUGACAUUUACUCCUGAGGUGCAGAUCUGUUGCACGUUUGACAACCACU